GGGGAGCCGGGGGUGAGAAGGGUAGAAGAAGGCAGGCAGUGGGAUGGGGAGGUCCUAGACAGAAGGGGCACGGGGCAGGGUGUGGGUUCCCUGUUGUCAGGGCCAAGCGAACUAUGCUGACCCAGCCAUCUCUGCUGCUCCUCUUGCUGUUGACCCUACAGGGUGGGGAUGGCUGCCAGGGGCCAGAACUGGUGCGGGAGCUUGUCCUGGCCAAGGUGAAGGCUCUUAUCCUAGAUGCCUUGGGUCCCCCAGUGAUGGCUGGGGAAGGUGGGAGUCCUGAAAUAAGGCGGCUGCCUAGAAGACACGCCCUUGGGGGCUCCAUGCACAGGACCUCUGAACCAGAGGAGGAGGAUGUCUCCCAGGUCAUCCUUUUCCCAGCCACAGGUGCCACCUGUGAGGACCAGCCAGCUGCUGGAGGUCUUGCCCAGGAGGCUGGAGAAGGUCUCUUCACUUACAUAUUCCGGCCAUCCCAACACAUGCGCAGCCACCAGGUGACUUCCGCCCAGUUGUGGUUCCACACAGGGCUAGACAGGAAGAACACCGUGCUCUCCAAUAGUUCUGGGACCCUGCUAGACCUGCUGGUGCUGUCGUCUGGGGGGCCCGUGGCUGUGCCUGUGUCUUGGGGACAGGGACCUCCUCGCUGGGCUGUACUGCACCUGGCGGCCUCUGCUCUCCCUCUGCUGACCCACCCCGUCCUAGCAUUGCUGCUUCGGUGCCCUCUCUGUACCUGCUCAGCCCGACCAGAGACCAUGCCUUUCCUAGUGGCCCACACCCGGGAUAGACCACCCAGUGCGGGGGAGAGGGCCCGACGUUCAACUCCCUCGAUGCCUUGGCCUUGGUCUCCCGCAGCACUGCGACUACUGCAGAGGCCUCCGGAAGAGCCUGCUGCCCAUGCCUACUGCCAUCGAGCUGCACUUAACAUCUCCUUCCAAGAGCUGGGCUGGGACCGCUGGAUUGUGCAUCCUCCCAGUUUCAUCUUCCACUACUGCCAUGGUAGCUGCGGGAUACCCACGACCGAUCUGCCCCUGCCAGCCCCUGGGGUUCCUCCUACCCCUGCUCAGCCCCUCUUUUUGGUGCCAGGGGCCAAGCCCUGUUGCGCUGCUCUACCAGGGAGCAUGAGGUCCCUACGUGUCCGAACCACCUCAGAUGGAGGCUACUCUUUCAAGUAUGAGAUGGUACCCAACCUUAUUACACAGCACUGUGCUUGCAUCUAAAAGCUACAGCUAAUAGCCACCAUUAUCUUCCCCCGCCCCCAUCAGCUAGGAGGAAAGCAGGGUGUGGAAAACAGUUUCCAUGUCCUCUUCCUUACACUUGUCUGUCUGAGGGCCCAUACCCUAUUGCACCCCGAUCCCGUGGAUAAAAAUAAAGAAGGAAGUGCGUGUGA